GAUUAGACUGAAACAAGUCGAAGUGAACUCUACACUCGUGAUUGUACGUUGCAAAUGAUAACGCAGUGCAAAAAAUUAAUGUUUAUUAUCACGCAGUAAAUUCCAGUGGUUUACUGUGACGAGUGGUUUAAUAGUUAAAUAUAGGUAAGCCUGGAAACUUGAGAUGGAAGCGUGUAACAACGACAUGUCUGUCGAUUCGACAGUUAGAAUGAUCGACGAAGAGGGAUGCACGAUUCGAUUGAGGGAAGAUCAGAACUUUUUGAAUCUAUCUAUUCAACCGGCUACCAAGAUGCAUAUUGAAUUCAACGAUCUCUCGUACUCAGUGUUCCCUACUAAAGGAAAAUUAAAGAAGAUAAUAGAAAAUGUGACCGGAUGUUUUCGACCUGAAAGAUUAUCCGUGAUUAUCGGUCCGUCUGGUGCUGGGAAAACUACUUUGUUGCACAUUAUAUCCACUCUGAAAUCGAAAAAUGUCGAUGGCUCAAUCACGAUUAACGGCAAAGAAUGGAAUGUUGGCGUUUUUCGAAAGCAGACUUGCUUCUUACCACAAGAGUUUGCUUUGUUACCGCUGCUUACCACCAGAGAAACACUGCAUAUUGCCGCGCGCUUAAAAGUUCGGACCACCUGUGAACCACGCGCGUUCUGUUUAAUCGUAACGGAAAUAGCGGAAAAUUUGGGUUUGACCAACUGUUUGAAUACAUUAGUAGAAAAUUUAAGCGGUGGAGAACGGAAAAGGUUAUCAAUUGGUGUGGAAAUAGUUACAAGACCAUCUGUUUUAUUACUAGAUGAACCUACAAGUGGACUCGAUAGCACAUCCUCGAAUCAGGUAAUUGGGCUGCUGCAUAAAAUAGCAAGAGGGGGUUGCACAGUCGCCUGUGCAAUUCAUCAGCCUAGCAGUCGCAUGAUAUCACAAUUUGACGAUUUGUUAGUUAUGCACAAUGGUACAUCGUUCUAUUGCGGACCCUGGGAUAAUGUAUUUCCUAUUUUUAGCGAUGCAGGUUACGUGUGCCCACAAUUUUAUAAUAUGUGUGAAUUUGUUCUAGAGGUAGUGACAGGAGAAAGAAGUGGAAAUUUGAACAGUUUGUACAAAAUUAGUCGCGAUAAAUACUUAAGAUGGAGGACGGAUUUCCGGCAUCCCGUCAUGGGAACAGACGCUACAGUCGUUUCAAAAUUGGAUGGUUAUACGAAUAGAUCAAAAUUAUCGUCUACUUGGCAAGAACAAAGGAUUCUUUUAUUGAGAGCAAUGAUUUCUGUUAAACGAGACAAUACUCUGACAAAGCUGAGAUUCGCGGCUCAUGUGGUAGUAGCUUUUCUACUAGGUGUAGUGUUUUACGAUUCGGGAACUAAUGCUAGUAGAGUUAAUAGCAAUAUUGCAUGUGUAUUUUUUGUUUUGCUGUUUUUGUACUUUUCGAAUUCCAUGCCUGCCGUUCAAAUGUUUCCUGUAGAAGCUGCCGUCUUUUUACGAGAAUACUUAAAUAAUUGGUAUCGUUUACAGUCCUACUUCAGCGUAAAAAUUAUAUCGGAUCUACCGUUACAAAUUCUUGCACCUUCAAUGUUUAUUUCCAUCACAUAUUACAUGACUGGUCAACCAAUGGAGUGCAAUAGGUUUAUGCGUACUUGGUUGAUUUGUGUUUUAACAACGAUCCUUGGACAAUCAUCAGGAAUGCUCGUGGGCGCAGCAUUCAAUACACACUUGGGAACAUUUUUGAUUCCAGCAAUAAAUAUGCCAAUGAUACUGUUUGCUGGAUUUUUCCUGAAAUUUAGCGAAGUACCGCUAUACCUUCAACCUUUAUGCAGCAUUAGUUUCUUCCGAUAUGCAUUUGAGGGUAUUCUGCAAGCAAUUUACGAUGGAGAUAGAGGCAAAUUACCGUGCCACGAAAUUUAUUGUUAUUUACGAUAUCCUGAAAAAAUUCUGAACUCUAUGGAUAUGCCCACCGUUCCCUAUUACACGAAUGUAUUAGCUUUAUGUAUUUGGAUACUGUGUCUACAAAUUACCACAUAUUUGAUACUUAAAUGGAAAGCACGUAUAGCCAAAAUAUAACGUACGUUAGAUUAAGA